GUUAGUGUGUCUUUCUCAUAGAUUCCAGAUAUAUGGAAGAGUGCGGACAGUCGGAAAGUGUUGAUACGCUGUCUUUGGGAUAAUGUCAAGCUUCACGAGGAAAUGGGUCAGCCUCUCUACAUGUUAUGGAACCAAGAAGGAUCUCAGUCCUCUCUCGUACAUGCUCUGGUGACUGAUGAGCGUAAGAUCUCCAGAAACCUCAUGUGUCACAUCCUGAAAAGCAUCCAGUGUAAUGACCUUUUGUCCCCAAUGUCGUUAUUGAUAAACGAGAGGCGAAAGCAUCAGUCCGGUCGACGAUGCUACCAUAGUAUCUACCGUAGUAUGUUGUUCCUUUGUUUUGUUGCACUAGGUAGAGAAAAUAUUGAUCACACUGCUUUUGAUAGAGAGUACCGUCGGGCAUACGAACAGUUGUCUUCCAAGCAACGAGCUCUUCUAGUAAAAGCAGACAAGCCACCGUCCAAACGUGCAUUUUUCUGUCGGAGGUAUUUUAAAGAGCUGGAACUGAAGACAGUGUAGAAAAAUCCCAUAAAAAAUAGAAUCUUGUAUUAGCACAGGUAUUAGUGUGAGCAUUUGUUUUCAUGUGAUGUUGAACUGGUAGAGGUCUAUAAAGGGGACUGUUUCUUUCAAUGUGGAUUUGAUUAUCAGCAUGUUAAAAGUUCAGAGUUUUUUCUUAUAGUUUACAUAUAGAAAUUUUAAGCAAGUAAUUUGUUUUCUUUGUGGAGUGACCUCUAGUGUUCUUUUUUUUUAAUUUUAUCUUGGAAUAUGUUGCCAUUUAUUAUUUUAGUUAUCUGGACAUUAUUCUGCCCGUAAACUGAAUGUUAAUAUUUGUUUGUAUGAAAGUCACAACUGUAGAAACUGUUUGUUUUUCUAGGUUGAUGAUAUGAGCUUGAGCUGUGUUGUAUAUUAACCAUGGUUUAGUUUUUGUACUUUUGUUUCAGUGUUUAAAGUAACUUUAAAUGUUAAUUUUUAAAUCACUUUUCCUUAAAUAUUAUAAGUAUUUUGAUUUUGGAAUUUUUGUAAUUAGGUGAAUUUAUAUAUAUCCCCUGUUUUCCUUUACUGGUUAAAGGAAUUGAACAGGGAAGAAUUUUAAGCGACACAGUCCCCUUGUAGGGUAAGCUCUUUCAACAGUUCCAGUCCUGUUACGAUCGUGUAUCAGUAAACACUGUAGAUGUAGAUAAGAUUUCACAGUUUCUAAACUAUAUGCAAACAAAUACACUAAAGAUUCUUCCACAAAAUUUGUGGCAAAUCUAAACUUGUAAAUAUUUUCCUCAAAAUUGCUGUUGGUUGGGAAAAUUAAAUCAAAGAUAUUGUUUCCUUUGAAGCAUAACUGUUUACUUAUGCUUUGCUCAUAUUACGAAAAACAGGUCCUACUAUUGUACGAGUUAAUCAGAUUAUCAUAAAAAAAAUGUCUUUCUUUUAGUUUUUAAAUUCAGAAAAUAUUCACUAUGAAAUUGAGAGUUUUAGAAACUAAAAGAUGUAGCAUUGUAAAUAGAUAAAUAAAUAUAGGAUUAAUUAAGAGUGUUAUUCUUGGUUAACGUAUUACGAAAAUAUAUGAACACGAAGCACGUGACUUCUCUCAACGAAAUCUCACGUGUACUUUAGGUAAUAUCUAAAGGUACUCUUUGCUUCACCUGAAUUAGGUUGAAAAUAUUGUACAGAUAAAUUUUUGUUUUCAGGAUCAGAACGACAUAUCAUGUUAUGGUCUGGAAUGUAUAUGAUGGAUCUGCCAUAAAAAAUGCUUGGUUAAUAAAUCAAUUAAUUUUCUUUCCUA